UAAUAACAGUAAUAAUUAACAAGGGGCAUGGAGUGAAAUUCGUAGCAAAAUUACAUCUAAAUCAUAGGCAAAAUUAUAUUAAAUUAUGAAAAGUUAAAAAAAAAGUUUACGUGGUGGGACUCAAAAAGAAAUUUAAAUUAGAGGCAAAAUUAUAUGAAAUUUGAAAGAAAAAAAGAAAUUAAAUGAUACCAAAAAAAAAAAGAAAACAAAAAAAAAAGCAUUCAUUUCCAUUGAAGAUGGUGAGUGCCUUUCCGCGUCAAUCAGGCACUACCAACCAAUAAUUAUAUUCUCUCUUCUUCUUCACCAUUACUACCCUCCUCUCCGCCAUACCCAUUUCUGCUCCAUCUCCAGAAAAAUAAAGAGAAGCAAUGAAUUCGAAUUACGGAAAGAACUUUGAUUUCGAUCUGGGGUUGGGAUCAUCAAGACCCAAAUCCCUUAACGACAAGAAGAACAACAACAAUCCUUCGUAUUCUUCUUCUUCUUCGUCUUAUUCUUCGUAUUCUUCUGCCCAACCGAAACCAGCAUGGCAACCCAACAAGCCCUCGUGGACACACCAGCCAUCGCCGGCUCAGGUGACCCGACCUGGAUUGCCUAACGGACCCACAUCCAUGGUGGGCGAUAUACUUGGAAAGAGUUGGACUUCGUCCACCCCUUCGACUGGUUCUUCGUCUGUGGCAGGUAUUGGGAUUGUAGAUAAAAACCCUAAUUUGUUUGGGGAUUUGGUUGGUUCUGCUUUGGGUCAGGGCAAGAGUAGUAAUAGUACCAAUGUUCCUUUGAAGAAUUCAACACCGGUAUCUAACAAGAACACAUUUUCAAUGGGAAAUGUGGCUGAUUCGCUUCCGAAAACUAAUCCUGGUCCGGUGAAAACUGGUUUGAAUUGGGGAGCUUCAGGGAAUAUUAGUAGCAAUGCCAAUGCUAAUAAUAACAAUCGAACUCAAAAUCUCGGCGGUGGAGGCUUUGGUGUUGGUAUUGGUGGUGGUGGUGGUGGUGGUGGAAUGAACUCAAAAGACCCAUUUGGUUCUUUGCUUAACUUUGCUCCAAAACCAUCUGCUGAUCUCAAUUCGAAGAAGACCAACAAUGCGAAGGUUAAUAAUAAUAAUAAUACUAAUGAUGAUAUUUUUGGGAAUUUCCAGAAUGCUACUACUAAACCAGAAUCAAAUCCAAAUACCAACAACACUUUUCAGACUGGUUUGAAUAUGGAUGAUUUUGUUAAGCUUCCAACUCAGAAUUCCACGCAAUCACCUGUUAGUGAUCCUCUUGACAUGUUAUUUCCCACGACCAAGGUUAAUUUAACUGAAAGCUUCAAUCAAUCAACUUCAAAUGGAUCCGGACAGCAAACAUCGGAGAUGGAUAGUUGGGGAUUCGAACCCCAUUUCGAAGGAGAUGAUGGUGGUACCACCACUGAACUUGAUGGACUUCCGCCGCCUCCUUCUGGUGUAAACUCGUCCAUGGCGAAGAAUAAAGGAAUGGAUAACUACAAGCAAGGACAGUAUGCUGAUGCCAUCAAAUGGCUUUCUUGGGCUGUCAUUCUUCUUGAAAAAGCAGGUGACAACAAUGCUACUUUCGCGGAGGUCUUAUCGAGCAGAGCUUCAUGUUACAAAGAAGUUGGGGAGUAUAAGAAAGCUGUGGCAGACUGUACAAAGGUGUUGGAACAAGAUGGUGCAAAUGUAUCUGUUCUUGUACAGCGUGCUCUCUUAUAUGAAAGCAUGGAAAAAUACAGACUUGGGGCAGAAGAUCUGAGGGCUGUUCUUAAGAUUGAUCCUAGUAACAGGGUUGCAAGAAGCACUGUUCACCGCUUGACCAAGUUAGCAGACUAGAGAUUUUUCUUCAUUAUUCUUUCCAAACUUCAUUUCAUUAUGUUUAGUGUUAUUACUAUCUCGAAUUUAUACCAUUUUCCAUGUUACUACCCCCAAAAAAAAAUAUGGGGAAAAUAUAAAUUUCUUGGUUGAAUACCUGGACAAUUUUUUUUCAUUCUUUUUUAUACUCUUUGGUCUUAUGGAUGUAUUUUUUUUGUAUGAUGAUGUACUUUAGUUAUUUCUUUGAUGUGAGUGGUAAUUGUUUGUGCUUACACUAAA